AUGAGUGUCGAGAAGCGCACACAGUCUAUUGAUCUCUCUCACCACCUUUCCGAGUUAUCAAAGGCUAGGCUAACCUCUCCAUUGAAGGGGCUCAUGAAGUACUUCAACCAGCCAGGAAUUCUGUCCCUCGCAGGAGGCCUGCCUAGUCCUGCGUAUUUCCCCGUCUCUGACAUUUCUGCAAAUGUUUUGGUACCAGAAUCAUUUGCUCUCACUCCGACCGAGUCGUCCACCUCUUUGUCAUGGCUAUGGAAAUUAUUUGGUACUAGCCACAAUGCAACCAAGGAGAGGACUCAGGCUGUCACCAUUCCAAAGUACCCUGCCAUCAAAGGGGAUAUCAGCCUAGCCGACUCUCUUCAAUAUGGCCCAGCAGUCGCACAGGCGCAGUUACAAGAUUUCUUGAAACACUUCAUUUCUGAGGUCUAUCGUCCAGCUUUUAGGGACUGGACCGUCCUUAUCGACACUGGUAAUACAGAUGGGUGGUCGAGAGCCGUUAUGACGCUAUGCAACCCCGGUGAGGGCGUACUUUGUGAAGAGUGGACUUAUCCUUCCGCCAUGGCAUCAAUGAUCCCUUUCAAUAUCCUGCCUGUACCUGUGGCCAUGGAUGGAUUAGGCAUGAAGAGCGAUGACCUCGAGAACUUGCUGUCGCGAUGGGAUCCAGUUUCACGUCAAAUGCCAAGGCCUCAUGUUAUGUAUAUUGUGCCUGUCGGACAGAACCCGAGUGGUUCGACGAUGAGUGUUGCUCGCAAGAAGCAGAUUUAUGACAUCUGUGUCAAAUACGACGUAAUAAUAGUCGAAGACGAUCCAUAUUACUUUCUUCAAUUGGGCAUGUACGCAUUUAAAGACGACAGGUCCCCUAGUGCGACUCCUUCUGGAAAACCGUCAGCCGACGAAUCUAAGCGAUAUGUCUCCACUCUGACCCCUAGCUUUUUAAAUUUUGACUACGAGGGACGCGUGAUCCGUCUCGAUACCUUCUCAAAGACCAUUGCUCCUGGUAGUCGACUGGGAUGGUUCACGUGCAAUCCUGUCUUUGCAGAAAGGUUAGAGAGACAAGGAGAGACAUCAGCUCAGUCCCCAUGUGGCUUUGGACAGGCCGUUAUAACGAAGAUCUUGACGCAUUGGACCUAUGAUGGUUACAUCCGCUGGCUCAGGGGUUUGCGAACAGAAUAUCAGCAACGCCGCGAUUUCUUCAUUGAUUGCCUCGCGGAGGAAUUCCAUUUGCACGCGGUUCCUGCAGUUGCAGGCGUCUGGGAAGGCUGCAUCAUGUACCAGGCAUCAUCCAAAGUCAAGAAGAGCACUGGUAUGACCGAGAAAUACUCGGCCCAGAAUCGUACAAUGUUUAGCUUCGUUCCCCCAGUUGCGGGAAUGUUCGUAUGGAUGCGACUUCAUCUCGACCAACAUCCCUCAUUCGCACCAGGAGAUAGAGAUACCUUGGAAACAAAGUUAUGGACGAAAUUAGGAGAGAAUGGUGUCUUAUUUGGGCCUGGAUGGAUGUUCGCAGCCAAUGCGAUGGCCGAAGACCCUGACCACAACGACUCUGGCCAUUUCCGCAUCAGUUUCAGCAAUGUUGAGUUCGCCGACCUCAAGAAAGCGGUCACUAUCUUUGGACGAGUUAUUCGAGAGUUCUUCCAAGAGGAUUUGUAG